AUGGCUGCGUCGCCCAGUCGCCACUGCAGCGGCCAGACGCGCACCACCGUCCUGUUGCCGUCGCCACCUAUUGCUGAACCCAGAAAGCCGCCGCCCUUCCCGACAGUACCGACGUGCCCUUCACCCACGUGCGGAUGCGCCGACACGCCGGAAGGUCUGGAUAUUGACCACAAGAGCCGGCUGAACGGCGUCAUGACGGGCUACGCGGAGCAUGUCCUCGUCUGUACGGGCAAGGAUGACUGGCCGUCCAAGAUUGAGGAGGAUGACGGGGGGGAUAACCUGGCUGCCGAUCUGAAGGAGCUCUUCGGUCGGGGAGGUGAAUUUGCCAACCCCUUUCACAACGUCUCGGUCCUGAACUCGUCAUUCCCCAGCUCCGUGGCGCCCCGUCCCGAGGUGCAGAACUCAUCAGCCUACCUCCUCCCCAGCUUCAAGUACGUCCCCUACCUGCCGCGCGUGUCGUUCGACAGCGUCCGCGCCAUGGCGAAGGCGUACAUCCUCCCGCGGAAACUGCACCCCGUGCACGACGACCUGUCGCCCGUGCACCGCGACAGGAUGCUGCGCGACGACACGUACGCCAGUCUUCUGCCCGGCGUGACGGACGUCGACGAGAUUCUGGUGCUCAUCUGUGGUCACGGCGGCCGCGACACCCGUUGUAGCAUCAUGGGCGCCGUGCUGCGUCAGGAGUUUGAGGAGAAGCUCGCGUCCGUUGCCGGCCUGGACGUCCGGACUGGGCCCGUCAAGACUGCCGCCUCUACUACGCAGCUUUCCACCGGCGCAGAUAAGGAGGUGGAAGACGAGGAAGAAGAGCUGGGUGCUCGUGUCGGUCUGAUCAGCCAUAUUGGUGGUCAUAAGUUUGCGGGAAACGUCAUCAUAUAUCUGCCCCCCGGGCUCGUCGUGGACGAGGACGGCACGACGCACCCCCUCGCCGGUCAUGGGAUCUGGUACGGGAGGGUGGAACCGAAGCAUGUCGAGGGUAUCAUCGAAGAGACGAUUCUGAAUGGGAAUGUCAUAGAGGACAUGUUUAGAGGAGCCUCCAAAGAGGUGGCUCCCCCUCCAAAAGAAGGUACAUCGCCGGCACCAGCACCCAAAAGGACCCGCCGUCGCCUCAUCCUGUGCACCCUCCUGGUAGCCGGGACGGUCCUGUACACGGUAGGCGGGUCAUCGGACGGCAGCCACGCCUCCACCCUCAACGACGAGACUUUUGUUCCCUACAAGAUGACGUCGCGCACCGCCCUGUCCCCCUCGUCGUUCGUCAUGACCGUCGUGCCCCAGACGCCCAACCCCGACCCACCCUACCUGCUGCCCGGGUCAAGACGCUGGCGUCACCCGCUCUGGUCCGUCGAGUUCAAGCAGCCAGAGGUGCAGAUCUCGCGGCACUACACGCCCCUGCCCCCGCCUCUGGAAGGCAGCGAUACCGCCAUCACCCGAGGAGAGAAUGAGGUGGAGUCGGAAGGCGCUCUACGUUUCUACAUCCGUGCCGUCGGCGACGGUGAAAUGUCGCGGUACCUCAACCGGCUCCGCCCGGGAAACACGGUUCACCUCCGCGGACCGCACGUGGGCUUCGACCUUGUGCGUCGUCUCGGCGCGGCAAAGCGUCUCGUCUUCCUCGCCGGCGGGACGGGCGUCGUCCCCGGCAUGCAGGCUGCGAGGGUGGCCCUGGACGGGUACGACGACGCUGUAGUGUCUCUCCUCUGGGCUGUGCGCCAGCGCUGCGAGAUCGAGAUGGGAGGCGGCACCUCCUCCGAGCGGACGACGGUGACGAAAGCAAAGCGCUGGUGGUGGCCAUUUGGUCACGAAGCUGGACCUACCGAACUGCGUGGUGACGAUGACGGGAGGAACCUGGCUCCCGUGGCGCGCCAACUGGCAGACAUGAAGAAGCGCUACGGCGACCGUCUGAGCGUGCAGAUUGUCGUCGACGAUGAGAAGACGUCCUUUGGGUUGGAGCACGUCCAAAAGGCGCUCCUGGACACGGCAGCGCCCGACCACAACCAUACUUCUGCCUCUGUCAAAGCCCCAAUCAAGGCUAAACCUGUCCAUCCUGGCACGGACUGCCCCCUACAUGACCAGGCCCUCCACAACUUGGCAUCCGAGUUCGAGGCUGGAAGCAGCCCGGAUUGUCGCUGCGACGCUAUCCACGGCGUCAGCCUUCCAGGGAAGAACCUCUUCAUCAUAUCUGGGCCGGAUGGCUUCGUCACGCACUACGCUGGCGAGAAGCUGUGGCGGGGCGGUCGCCAUACUCAGGGUCCCGUGGGGGGGGUCGCUGGCCGCAUAUUGGAGCAGCAUCCUCACCUUCAAAAGGAAUGGCUCAUCUUGAAGCUGUGA